GACUCAGGAAUUUUAUUGGGUAAUCUCACCUGAAAAUUCCUUUAGCUAAAACUACUAACAUUUUUAUUUUUUGUUCACAUAGCAUUUCCCAAUUCAUUCAUCUUUUUCCCUUACCCUUUCUCAUCAAUCUUCCAAGCUUUCCAAGAAAAACUUAUCCAAGUCCGUCCAUAUACAAUGGAGUUUUCUCAUGAUGAUAAUAACAACAAUCACGGUUCAUCAUUGGAAUCAUUCUGUACUGCUACUGCUGGCCAUCAUGACCCACUGAACUGGGGCAUGCUAGCAGACUCGCUCAAAGGGAGCCAUCUCGAUGAGGUCAAGCGCAUGGUUGAUGAGUACAGGAGGCCUGUGGUCAGGCUAGGUGGUGAGACCUUGACCAUCGCACAAGUUACCGCUAUUGCGAACCGUGAUGCCGGGAUCAAGGUAGAGCUAUCCGAGGAUGCUCGAGCCGGUGUCAAGGCUAGCAGUGACUGGGUUAUGGACAGCAUGAAUAAAGGAACUGAUAGUUAUGGUGUCACCACUGGUUUUGGUGCAACUUCUCAUAGAAGAACCAAGCAAGGUGGCGCCCUCCAAAGGGAGCUCAUAAGGUUCCUGAAUGCUGGGAUCUUUGGAAAUGGCACAGAGUCUUGCCACACAUUGCCUCAUUCAGCAACUAGAGCAGCUAUGUUGGUGAGAAUCAACACCUUGCUACAAGGUUAUUCAGGCAUAAGAUUUGAAAUUUUGGAAGCUAUUACCAAGUUUAUCAAUCACAACGUUACUCCAUCUCUGCCUUUAAGAGGGACAAUUACUGCCUCUGGUGACCUAGUCCCAUUGUCCUAUAUUGCUGGGCUCCUCAUCGGCCGGCCCAACUCCAAGUGCGUCGGGCCGAACGGAGAGUCCUUGGACCCAACUGAGGCCUUUACACUAGCUGGGAUCAAUAGUGGGUUUUUUGAUUUGCAACCAAAAGAAGGUCUUGCAUUAGUGAAUGGUACUGCAGUUGGUUCUGGCUUAGCUUCAAUGGUACUUUUUGAGGCUAAUGUGUUGGGAAUUCUAUCAGAAGUUCUAUCAGCAGUUUUUGCAGAAGUUAUGCAAGGAAAACCAGAGUUCACUGACCAUUUGACACAUAAAUUAAAGCAUCACCCUGGCCAAAUUGAAGCUGCAGCUAUAAUGGAACAUAUUUUGGAUGGUAGUUCUUAUAUCAAAGCAGCUCAAAAACUACAUGAGGUUGAUCCUUUGCAAAAGCCUAAACAAGAUCGGUACGCUCUUCGAACAUCUCCUCAAUGGUUAGGCCCUCAGAUUGAAGUUAUUAGAUCGGCAACAAAAAUGAUCGAACGCGAAAUCAACUCUGUGAAUGAUAAUCCAUUGAUUGAUGUGUCAAGAAACAAGGCAUUACAUGGUGGCAACUUUCAGGGUACACCAAUUGGUGUGUCCAUGGAUAACACUCGUUUAGCCAUUGCAGCAAUUGGUAAACUCAUGUUUGCACAAUUUUCUGAGCUUGUUAAUGACUUCUACAACAAUGGGUUGCCUUCAAAUCUUACUGGUGGCCGCAAUCCAAGCUUGGAUUAUGGUUUCAAAGGAGCUGAAAUUGCCAUGGCAUCUUACUGCUCAGAGCUUCAAUUCCUUGCCAAUCCUGUCACUAAUCAUGUUCAAAGUGCAGAGCAGCACAACCAAGAUGUCAACUCAUUAGGUCUGAUUUCUGCUAGGAAAACAGCUGAAGCUGUUGAUAUAUUGAAGCUUAUGUCUUCGACUUUCUUAGUUGCUUUAUGUCAAGCAAUUGACCUGAGGCACUUGGAGGAGAAUUUGAAGAGUACAGUCAAGAACACAGUCAGUCAAGUUGCUAAAAGAGUCUUGACAAUGGGCUUCAAUGGCGAACUUCACCCAUCAAGAUUCUGCGAAAAAGACCUGCUCAAAGUUGUCGACAGAGAAUACAUCUUUGCAUACAUUGAUGAUCCUUGCAGUGCAACCUAUCCAUUGAUGCAAAAGCUAAGGCAAGUACUAGUUGAUCAUGCUUUGUUGAACGGUGAAAAGGAGAAGAAUUCAAGCACUUCAAUUUUUCAAAAGAUUGGAGCUUUUGAGGAGGAACUUAAGGCCCUUUUGCCUAAAGAAGUAGAAAAUGCAAGAACUGAAUAUGAUAAUGGUAAUCCUGCUAUUCCCAACAAGAUAAAGGAAUGCAGGUCAUACCCAUUAUACAAGUUUGUGAGGGAAGAACUGGGUACUGGUUUGCUCACCGGGGAAAAGAUCCGAUCGCCAGGCGAAGAAUUUGACAAGGUUUUCUCAGCAAUGUGUGCAGGGAAGCUGAUUGACCCCAUGCUUGAAUGCUUGAAGGAGUGGAAUGGUGCUCCUCUACCUAUAUGUUAAGAUGUUUUUAUGAUGCUCUUUUUUUCCAUUUUCUUACAAGUUUACUUGCCAUGUUUAAUUUGUAAUUUAAGAACAAAAGUACUAUCAAACUGUAUCUCUCAAUGUUUUUUCUUUUCUUUUUUAAUUCAUCAAAGAAUGAAAUUUUCUUUGUAAUAUGAAACGAGUUUCUGUACCAAGUGUAUAACAAGAAAUGCAAUCAAGAUCAACCGUUCUUUAUAACAAGUUUCUCCAUAUUAUUCUUUUGGAA